CUGACGGAGAGGGGAGGGUUGUCUCUCCUAACUAAACAUUCGAAAUCAUGGAUAAAAAUUUUAAAAUCUGACCUUACAAAGAAAUUGGCAAAACUAUGGAACAGUGGAAACUCGAAGACUCUAUGGGAAUGUAAGUUGGUACAGCCAUAGCUCGAAAAGAGAUUGGCAUACCUUGACAUGGUUGAAAAUAAGCACACCUUAUGACCCAGCAGUUCUACGCCGAGCAGCAUCACUCUUUCUUGCUGUGCAUGAAGAUAACCCAGGGAGUUGAGGACACUGCUGAGAAGAGUGUACUGGGGAUGCUCCAGGAAAAGACUGAAUGCUGAGGCGAUUUCCAGUCCAAAAGUUUUUGAUUUGCCAGGAAGAAAGUGAACAUCAUGGAUCAGAACAAUAGCCUUCCACCUUACGCUCAGGGCCUGGCUUCCCCUCAGGGUGCCAUGACUCCUGGAAUCCCAAUCUUUAGUCCAAUGAUGCCUUAUGGCACAGGACUGACUCCACAGCCUAUUCAAAACACCAACAGUCUAUCCAUUUUGGAGGAGCAGCAAAGGCAGCAGCAGCAGCAACAGCAGCAGCAGCAGCAGCAACAGCAGCAGCAGCAGCAGCAGCAGCAGCAGCAACAGCAGCAGGCAACAGUGGCAGCCGUCCAGCAGUCGACGUCCCAGCAGGCGACCCAGGCGGCCUCGGGCCAGACUCCACAGCUCUUCCACUCACAGACUCUUACGACUGCACCCUUGCCUGGCACCACUCCCCUGUAUCCCUCCCCCAUGACCCCCAUGACCCCCAUCACCCCUGCCACGCCAGCAUCGGAGAGCUCUGGGAUUGUGCCACAGCUGCAAAAUAUUGUAUCCACAGUGAAUCUUGGUUGUAAACUUGACCUAAAGACCAUUGCACUUCGUGCCCGAAAUGCUGAAUAUAAUCCCAAGCGAUUUGCUGCUGUAAUCAUGAGAAUAAGAGAACCCCGGACCACCGCACUGAUAUUCAGCUCUGGGAAAAUGGUGUGCACGGGAGCCAAGAG